GUCAUCGUGUCAUGGGGUCACCUUUUGACCAAUCAACCUUUAGGGCGGGGCUUAGUGACUUUGGACUCGAAAAUGUAGUACGCCGUGAGUGAAAUACGCACUUUUUCCCAUAUAAAAGUUUAUAUAUAUAGUGUUAUAUAUGCAAACGUUCUAUAGUCCACAUGAAUAUAUAACUAGUGUAUGACUAUGAGAAUAUAAACGAGUGUGUAUACGCAGUUUGGCGGUCGUAUCAGCGAAUUUAAAGUAUUUUUUCGACGACAUCGCGAAGCUAACGUUAGCCACUCUUUUGAAGGCCGCAACGUGGGGAGUAGUAGCGCCAAAAUGAGCCGGAGACACGCCUUUCGACUGAGCUUCUAGAGCAGACGUCUGUGACAGCAGGUUGCAGCCUGGCAAACCAGCCGUGGAAAAGAGGAUAUCAUUGUCGACAUGCAGGAAAACAACAUGCUAGAAGGCUGGAAUACAAUCGCAUGUGAAGAACUUUGGAGGAGCAUAGUGAGAGUCGGAGCAUGGCUGAUGGGAGUGAAGCUGCGUGUUGAGGCACCACAGUCCAGGAGGAAGACUAGAAAUGACAACCAUGUCCAUGGAGCCUGUUGGAGUCCUUGUGGAAAAAGGUGCCAAUGCCACUGAUGCCCCUCUGAGCUCUCACGAGGACUCUGCGGCGACCUUUACCAUCGGCACAAUCCUUUCCAUUAUGUGCGUCGUUGGUGUAUCAGGGAACAUUUACACCUUGGUGGUCAUGUGCCAGUCUAUGAGGACUGCAGCUUCCAUGUACAUCUACAUCAUUAACCUAGCUCUUGCAGAUCUGCUGUACCUCCUCACCAUACCCUUUGUCGUCUGCACACACUUCUUGGAAGGAUGGUACUUUGGAAACACUGGGUGUCGUAUCCUUAUCAGCAUGGACUUCCUUACCAUGCAUGCCAGCAUCUUCACACUGACCAUCAUGAGCACGGAGCGAUACUUUGCUGUGUUGAAGCCUUUGGACACAGUGAAGAGAUCUAAAAGUUACAGGAAGGCCAUUGCUCUGCUGGUGUGGGCUGCUUCUCUCGUACUGGCCCUGCCCAUGAUCGUGAGCGUCCAGCUCAUGUCGGUCGGCACCAAAGCCAUGUGUCGGUCCACACUCUCCCAGCUCUCCUACAAGAUCUACAUUUCCUUCUUAUUUUGCACUAGCAUUGUGGCACCAGGACUGAUUAUUGGAUAUCUCUACACCCAGCUUGCACGCACAUAUUGGGUUUCGCAGACAGAGACCUUUAAACAGACCAAGAAACUUCCCAAUCAAAAGGUGUUGUACCUGAUUUUCACCAUUGUUCUCCUCUUCUGGGCUUGUUUCCUGCCAUUCUGGAUCUGGCAGCUGUUGUUUCAGUUCUACCCCACAUUGUCCCUCUCCAACAAGGCCAAACGCAACAUCAACUACCUGACCACGUGUCUGACGUACUCCAACAGCUGCAUCAACCCCUUCCUCUACACGCUGCUCACCAAGAACUACAAGGAAUACCUGAGGAAGCACAAGCGUUCCUGGUCGGCCAGCAGCUACUUUAACAGACGGGGCCGAUUCCAGCGAUCACCUCGAAGGUCACCAUCCUCCAGUAGUCAGCAGUGUACUGAGAGCUUCAUGCUCUCACACACAGCAUCACUGCGGGCUCAUAACAGCAGUUUGUGAGGUAGGAGCAAUUUUCUUUGACUUGGGUUUGUGGUUUUCGCUGAUGGGACAAUGACUCAGAUGAUCUACAAAGAUAAUUCAAUGACUUCUGAAACGAGGAUUAUUUUCACGUUGACUUCAAGCAUUUAUUUUAUUUUCAUUACUUGGGAUGCUGUACAGACAUUUUUUCACGUUUUCUAUGGGAGAAAAACAUAGCCUGGAUGGAUUAUGUAAAAUAGAAAUUUUAUUGAUUUUGGGUCGUCAGAAAACAGCAAAUCUGCUGAAUUUUAUCUUUGGACAGAGUGAAAACCAACUGGACAAGUGCAUUUUGAAGGACGUGUAAAUAAUAAUAAUAAAAAAAAUAGAUAAAACCAAAAAAUUAAAAAACAGAAACAAUAAUCUGCAUGACAACUGUCUAGAAGAUUUUAUGUUGACGUCAUUGGUAUAAGUUCAUUGGUAUAAAAGUAUUUUCAUGUAAAUAACAGUGAAGAAAUCUGUUGUAAUAGGUGAAGUGUCUAUAUAAAAAAAAUAAAAAAAACAUUUCCAUUUCAAUUAAAUUGACAAUUGAAGAUAGUUUUUAUAGCAGAAUCACAAAAAAUAUUAAAAAUAAUGUUAAGAUUAAAAUCAAUUUGAGUGACUUUUAUGGUCCUGAGCAAAAGAAACCAUUAUGUUACCAUGGUAUAAAUACCACAUGAGCAUGGAACUACGUUAGGUAAAGAAGUGUAGGUACCAGUGUGCUACGUAGGGGCUACAGUUCGUCUUAGAAUCUACAUGCCAUUCUCUAUUGAUUUGAAAAUAUCUGCUUACAUUUCCUAGACCUUGUAUAGGAGUGUCUUUGUGAUCUAAAAAUCCUGGGCUCCCCAUUGGCUUGUGGUCUUAUUUGCAUCCAAUAUUUUAUGUGCAAGGUGGUCCUUUGGCCUAUCGGUACUACCUUUAGGCUUAGCCAUGUAUAAAACUUGCGAAAUUACAUGUCAUAUCCCAUGAUCCCAUAAGGAGCUGCAAUUUCUCAGUUUCUUUUUUUUGUUUGGCUCAGCAUUGUUGUUUUGAUCACACCAGUCCCUUUGAGAAGGGAUCAACAAUGAAGGAUCCAAUCUUUUUCAUUACCUUUGUCUGUAGCCGUUAGUGUAUUGGUGGUGCUCUACCUUUGAUUACUGUGGAAGUGUUUGUCCAGGUUGUCUGCAGGGUCAGCAGUGAGUCAUACAUCACCUCCAUCUGUCUCAGAAUACAACGUGUUGAGUGACAGCUAGCGUAAUUCACAGGUGCAGAGGCACAAGUGUUUGUGUGUACACUUAGAAGCCCAGAGUAAAACACAAAUGUUUGGUUAAUGGCAAAACCAAACAAAGUCUGUCUUUGAUGUGCCAUUUUGGUUUAUUACAAAGCUAAAGUACUCUGCGAAAAAGUCCCUGUUUCUCAAUUGUAUGUGGAACUCUUACAGAUUUGUGUAGUAACUUCUAAAUUGGAUAUUGAAAUAAAAAUAGAGCUCCCCUUCUGAUAAAAUUGCAGCUUAACCUCAGAAAAUGUUCACAGGUUAUUCUAUUCUAUUAUAUUACACUGACCUAGGACAAGAGAUCUUUUACGGAGUCAUUCUUUCCUUGUCAAAUUGGAAAAUAAGUAAGUAUAAGUAAUUAAUAGUUUUUCUUUGAUUUUCUUUUAAUCUAUUAUUUAAAAAGGCAAGAGAAAAUAGGGACAUAGAUCAAUAGAGGUGAAACUGGAAGUCAAACCUACAACCCACCUUUCUGGGCAUCUUUUUUCUUGCUGAAUGUUUCCUGAACUUUUCAAUCCUAAUAGCUGUCCACACUCCUGGGCUUUGAUUUAAAUUGUCUAGUAGGAAGCUUUAACACUUUUAUGUGUAAGGCCAUAUAAUAACUUGAUGUGUCAGAUGGUCUUUUUUUUCCAAAGCUUUGACAAACCUGGAAACCCUCUAGCCCUGUGCUUUGUUCAUUUUUAUAGUAUUGGCAAAACAAGGAAGUGACAACAUAGGGUGUGGAAUGAUGUUCUAUCAUCCUGUUCUGGAAUCACACCGGCUGCGGAAGCCAGCAACUCUGAUUAAAUAACCCUUCCAGAACGUUUGUUGCUUUCAUUUAGGAAAAUAUGCUUUUGAAAGAAAGGAGGUGGAGGGAAAAAAAAAAGAUUUGUAGCUUGUGUCUGCAUUCUUUCUUGGUAACACAGAAGAGUUGGAGAACACAUGCAGAUAUAAUCUCAUCUGAUCCUCCAUUAUCUUCAUGUUCCUUUCUCUUGUGGUGAUGUUUUUGAACUUGAAUACGUGUUUCUGGAAGAGAGUCUUUACAGGAAGCUUUACUGCAUCAUCUUUGGAAAAUACAGUGCACACUUUGGAAUAAGUGAGCUUUGGAAAACUCAUAAAACACAGAAUCAUAUGUUUUACUUUCUGUCUGCUUCUUUACUACCCUAAAAACCUACUUCUUUCCAUCCAUCUUUCAUUGGCCCAGUGUGGACUUCUUUAAGAGCUAAUGGCAUUUUGUGGCUGCGUUUGUUACGUGACCAAUUAAUGCUUCUCCAUUAAAAAAAGAAAAAUGUUGCAGGAUACAGUGCAGGCUGCUUGGCAGGCUUUUUGGAAGUGUUCCACCUCGUAAUACAUGUUGAUAGUAUCACAUGUUUACUGAAGCAGGCAGUACACUGGCAGUGUAAGGAAGCUGCCACUAGACAGGAAAUGUUUGGAACAAGGCAAUUUUAGCAGUUAAUGUGGGAAAACAACACAGGUGACGUACAACGCUGGUUUGAAGUAGGAUGUUUUACUGAAGAAACAGGAGCAUGUGAAAACUCAACACAUGAUCAGGUUGAACUUAUGUUUCUAAUCCAUGCAGCAUUUUGCUCUUGUAUGUUUUCAAAGUUAUCUUGAAUUUCACAUUCUUUGACAUUUUAAUUGUCUCGAAAAACUCUUCCUGAUAGAUUGUCACCUUAAACAGCUUGACCGACCUGACUUUUCUGGUUCACAUAACCUCCACUGAAGUUCUUCAUUGAAGUUAUUCUUUUGAAACCAGAAAUUUCACGGACUUAGUUUGUGCUUCUUUCACACUUUUUUCUGGUUGUGUCUAUUCAAUCCAGAGACAUUUAAAAAUUAUUGUUCCUCUGAUGUUCUCUGGUCUUUCUCUUAAAAGGCAUCCUCAUUUUCUGGUUGUUGUUAGAGAUUCUUUCUGACCAUAAAAUGGAAUUAACCAUUUGGCCACAGCAGCCCUCUGAGAUUGCCUUCAUGUUUCUUCUGCAUUCAGCUCACAUCAAAUUGUUUUUUUGUAGCUCUCAAACCUUUUUAAGGCUAUGAAUGCCUCCUUGGUUCUCUAGUCUCACUGACCGUGUUCUUUUGGAAUUCUAUUUUCUGCUUUUCUUACAUGCAAAUCUUUUUUUGUCUUACACCUUUAUUUUUUGGCAAUUAUUUUUACUACUUUUCUUGAAUUCCACCUUAGAUAGAGUUAGGUCAUUUGUGAAGUUCAUGCAAACAGUUGUAACAAGGAGUAAAACCACUAGUACUCAGUAGGCAGUGUGAUAUUCAUUAAGUAUUACAUGUUCUCUUGCUGUUUUAUGUACAGACCAUGACACAUAACACAUUUUCACACUUUUUACAGAUAAUUUCAUGCACACCAUUUACAGUAGUGAGACCUGUGGACAUAAAUAAUCUACUAUGUUUUUAAUAUGCUCUAAUUAAGGUUAAUUAGCUACUUUAUUAGCAAGUACUUUUUAAAAAAUGCUUCAAUAAAAAAGUCAUGAAUACAUUAGAAGCAAAGGAAGCCCAGUACAUUAAUGUGACCUGCAUGUUUGGUUCUGUAAAACAAAGGACAUGUUCUUAGAGAAAUCUGCUUCAUUGUUUCAUUUUGUGCUAGCUAGAGAUUUAGCCAAAAUAAGUAAAAAAUGUUUUAAAAAACAGUUUUCAAAGAAAUUAUGUUUAAUUCUAUAAUAUAUGAUGUGUGUAUGACAUUAGUUUGUAGAUGCUUAAUAUUUACAGUAGUGUCUGUGUGAUUCCUUUGCUUUGAAUGGUAUUUCUGACAUUGAAGGACAUGCAUAUCUCUGACAGCUGCAGGGAUGAUGAAUGACUGUGCUUGAGUGGUCGCAGUCGGAGUAACAGCUUCAGCCGUGCUGUGACAGAGAAAGAUUCAUUUUAGACCCUCAUUUACAGUCGUCAGUAUUAAUAUUCCACUGAAGCAUUUGUGAUCUGCCAUCAGUUUCAGUUUACCUGCAGUGGACAUGCGUCUUUGUGGCUCACAUGGUGGUGCACUGAAAUUAUUUCUCCUCUUGCAAACUUUUGUAAUAGGAGAGUAGUGGCAAAGACAAAGAACAAUAAAACCAGAUAAACAAAGGUAGAAAAAAUAGGCAAGAAAAUUGUUGUUAAAUGUUGUGAUAAAUGGCAGUCUUUGUGAAGCAAAUACACCCCCACACCUUUUAUUUUUGAUGAUGACCUUUAGCCUUUCACCUUAGUUCACCUAGUGUGCUUUUUAGUAACAGCACAUUUUCAGGUUUUAUAGUUUAACAGAACCAUACAAUGUUUUUCACAGACCGGCCUCUAUGUUGUGGGGGAUAAAUACAACUGAAUAUAAUUAUUCCACCUGCAUAAAAACUGGUAUUUUCUAAUUAUAAAACUGCUGUAAACAACACUGCUUUCUGUUGUUAGCAAGCAAGCUAAACAAUCCUACUUGGAAAACUAAACGGGACAGAAGCAAUGAGACGUAACAGAUUUCCAAGAAAUUGUUUUUUUUUUUUUUUUUUUAUUUCUGCAUCCCUGUUUAAAAAAAUAUGCCUCUAUGCCUGUAUGAGGGCAAGAUAUGAUUGACUUGCUUCAUGAAGAACCAAAUCAGGAGCAACAAAAGGAUCAAGCAAGUUAAAAUAACAAUUGAAAGUAGAUUAUUCGCAAGGUUUGUAAUGCAGUUACAAAUGUGCAAUUCUUGCCCCGUGAGACUAAAUGAAAGAAGCCAUGUCCACUCCGUCAGUUGACUAAUGAAAAUGUUAUCAUCUUCAAUCGUAAUUGCUUAAACUCGAUGUCUGCACACAUCAGCACUGCUUAACAAAACCUUGUCUUUCUCUGUCACACACUGCACCAAAAUCACAUUAUGAAGCUAUUGAUGGAGGUCUCAUUAACUUGGUUAUCAUUCUGGACUUUUUUUUACUGAGCUUUCAUCCCGGCCAGCCGUGCUGUUUCAGAGGUCACAUCUCCAAAGGUCAUCGCCAAUCACUCGCGCUAACUCUUUUCUUUCACUCGGAAUGUUAAAAGGAAUAUUGAUCGUAGUGCCGUAUAUCUUGAAGCUGAUUACAUUGACUCGGCUCAUUUUGGGAAUUGGAAACAGGAAUCGCUGUUCUAUUCUCAUCAAAGGUGAUGAGGCAGUCUGGGAAAAAUUACGCCAUUGUGAUCAAUAAGCACCUUGACUCAUCCUCUGGUGCUGUUCUACAUGAUUAUACGAACAGAGGCUUGUUGUGAUUUAGUGCCCUCUUAUCUGAGCUGGGUCCACAUUAAAUUCCCAAGAUUCAUUUAGAAAAGUGGUAAAAUAAUGGACCUCUCAUAAUUUAAUGCAACAAACGAGCAAAAAGGAAGUGAUUAUGGAGUGACAAUUUUAAAUUUACCGCAUUUGUUCAGAGAACGUUUUGGCUCAUUUUUGACUCCUGUCAAGUAAAGUGUAUCAAAUGUCACUCCUCUUGGGCUAACCUAACUAUUGUUGUUUAACCCUAACCCCUUCUGCUGCUUUUAUUGCUUUUGUAAAUAGUUUUUAGCUUCUGGUGGCAAAAUGUUGCUGUUAUCUUAUUAUAGAUAUCUUUAGAUUGCCCUGGUCAUUUUAAUGAUCUUUUGUUCUUGAAUUUAAUACAUUUAUAACAGCAUUGUUAUAUUUGCAGGCCUAGGUUUCUCAUAAAAAUAUCCAUUUAUUAGAUAUAUUUGGUAUAUAUGAUAUUGAUGACUUUGGUCAUGAGAUAACUUUUCCUGUCCACUGUCCUGUGUUUGUCCUUGUUGUGAAUGUAAUCCAGAUCAUUUAUGCUUGUCAGCAGUAAUUAGGUUUUAUUAACACGAGGCAGAGCUGAGGGCGAUUGACAGAUUCAUUCUGUUGAAAGAACAUUGUGUUGUGAGACUUUUUAAUUUCUUAAAUCAGAAUGGACAUUUACACAAGAAAGAAGAAUUGCAUUACAAAAACAGGGAUAAAAAGGAUACAAAAGGAGAGAGCUUGAUGAAGGUAAUCCUAAUACGUCCUGUGGGAAAAAUAGUACUAAAUUUAAAAAAAGAAUAGAAUAAAUAAAAACACUCGUCUGAUAUUAAUAAUUAAGUAUCAUAAACUAAUAGGAAGUGGCUCUGUCAGAUUUCUAUGACUGACACUCAAGUGAAAGAACUCGUAAUAAUAAUAACGAUGAUUAUGUUCAUAUUGAUUAUACACUGCAGUAUAACUGACAAUUAUUAGAAAGAAGAAGAAUUUAAGUUGACAAACUUGUGGCAUUAACUCCCAUAGUCCUUUGCAAACAGGUACGUGCGCAAUAAACAAAAGGAAAUACAUUUUGAGUUUCUAUGAUGGAAAUUGAUUCAGUGGUCGAAAUAGUAAUUAGUUGUUAAAGUCGGAUGUGAGCGCAGCAUCAGGCUGUCUGCCUGAUUGAUUUUCUCUGUUUGGAGAGGGAGAUGAAAGUGCAGGAAUCUUCAGAGGAAAAUCAGUGUGUUAAAAAAAGUGAUUUAGAAGCAGCUCAGCAGAGUCUGGACAGCUUCAAUAAUGAAUGCUUCUCAUUUAAACUCCUGCUGGUCUUCAGGUACAUGAUCAAACCAGCUCCUGCUGUCCGACUAAAAUGCUGCAGAGGGAUUCAGGUGUUGGGUCCUAACCUGGCCCAGCUCGACCUAGCUCAGCUCAGCCUUGGGGAGACCAUUACUGUGGAAAUGCACAAAGUUGAAAGAAGAAGAAUUCUCUGCCCCGAUAAAUAAUGCAUUUGUUCUGACAUGAUCCCAGUGGAACCUUUAAAACCUUGAACAGGAACCAAAAGUGUGUGAUUGAAUGGAAAUGGGGCAAAGUAAGACUCCAGCAUGAUCUGGUGCCCCCACCUGACAAGUCUGCGAUAGAUUUACUCUCAAGGACAAUUCAUGACUUCCAAAGUCUUUUUUUGACCUCUUCCACCACACAAUUAGUGCAAGGGGGAAAAAGCUUUUCUGUAUAUUUACUGAGGAGAAAUCUCAGAGACUAGAUCCUAUAAGUCAUGCACCUUUAACCUUUUCUUUAUUAGUCUAAAAAUGGUUCCUUCUGUCUUUAACAGACUUCAAUAAAGUGAGGGCAGAAUUAUUUGUAAGGUUUAAGUUCCUAAGCUGUAGACAGCAUGUGCAGUACUGAUGUGCGUGCAGUCCAGAUUUGUUAAUCUAUAUAAAAGUUAUAAUUCAGGCAACUGGGAACGGCGGCCAUUGAGCAAUUUAAGUCUUUUAAAUAUCAAAAUUGAGUUUGAUUGUCUUGCAAAUGUUUAAAAGUUGUAUUUAAAAGUGAAUAGAACGUAAGCAAAUUGUAAACUUGUUUAAUCCUCACUUUUGUUUUGCAGUUUCAGCUGACUUAACGCUCGGUGGUUUUUUCUCUUUUUCAAAUCAAUAGAUUAGGAACUGGCUUGUUUUGACACAGUCAGCAUUAGUGUUUUAAUAAGUGAAGUCUGCAUUUUGACAGUAUUUACCACACUGAGGGUACACUUCAGUAAUCCACAAAGAUUGAAAGCCAGCGCUUAUUAAAAAAAAGAAAGACUGCAAAAAUGUCUGCAUAGAGAAAAAGAAAAGUUGUUAAAAUAAGAAUUUCCUCCUGAGCUUCAAUGCACUGAAUGAUAUUUGAGCUUUAACUUAGAUUUCUUCAACAUUUGUAUUAGACCUGGAACUUAAUUAAGAUGGAUUUUAAAUGCCGUGGUGUGAUGCUGCUGCAAUUGUUGUUGUUGUUGUUGUUGUUGUAUUACUCAGUUGUCUGUUGGUUGUAUUGUCCUUGUUUCAGGUUGUCAGUGUUUGAUGCAUCCAGAUUCUGAGAAGAAAUAUUUAAGCUUGAUAAGCUUGGUUCCAUUUCUACUUCAAUUAACAUCUCUCUAUUGUGGUGUUUUGAGUCAGAUCUAGCCAAAGUCAGGGUCAGGGGCAAAGUAGAUGAGGCCAUGCCGAUAGUCUUAAUAUUAUCUCUUAUCACUGCUGUUUUAAGAUGACUUCCUGUUCAGUAUUUUGGGUUAUGGGUCAAGCUGUAGUGUCUCUGUAUUCAUUUUUAAUUUAUUGUUACCCAGUUUUCAUGUUAUAUUUAUUCUUUUAUGGCUAACCUUUUGUUAUUUUUUGCUAUAUGAUUUGAUGUUUUUGUUUUAUAUCUAGUUGAUAUUAAACUAUUUUUCUCCGCAUGGCUGUCUAAGAAGAACUCUGUUUUCUCCAGCGUCCCCAAUGCAGAGUUGAAGCUGAAGUUGUUAGCAUGUUAGCCUCGGGAAGAACACAUGGUGGAAACCUUGAGGAAUUCAUGUUCUGGUGGUUGGAGCUGAGGGAUAUUGUUGUUAGACAAGGGUGGAUGGAGGUGGAGGAGCAUGAAGCUCUGAGUGAAUGUGUUGAGAUUUCUGUUGCAGCAACACCUAACAGAAAUGGGAUGGAAAAAGUGAGUGGAAUUUAAAUCAGUAUGGCCUGUGGACGUGCAGAUACAGUGUGGGCUAAGACUUAAGUUUUUAACUAAGUUUUUAAAAAGUAUCUCUUACUGUAUGUUCGGCAGUUAAGGUAAUAUUUUUAUGUAUUUAAAUGGUGGGUUGCGGUGGGUACCCUUGGAGAAGUGCUUGAAGGGUUUCUAGAUUAUAUACAGGCACUCUUAAAAUAUUUUUCACUGUAUAAUAAUUAGAAAAAAUUGUCAUAUGGUAAAUAUUUUCUCAUUUUCAAACUAAGGUUUAAUUGUCCUGGAACUGAUUUUUGUCUUAUAUCCUAUGAAUAUUGGACCAAAGUUUAAUUUUUUAGAUACACAUUUGGUGAACUUUAAGUUGUUGAUCUCUUUUUUAGUUGUCAUCUGUAACCAUAUUGUUCACGAUAUUAGUACGUGUACUAGCAAACUAAAUUGGUUUUGUGUAUAAUUUAGGCAUAAUUAUGUUGUUACUUGGUAGCUAACUCGGCUACAUGUUGUUCCGAGUUCCAGUCUGAAUCAUUGUCUGGUGUUUGUUUUAUUUCUAGCCACUGUUGCGACUAAGGCUCAGAGCCACCGUGUCACCCUUUUUAUUUCCAUUGAGUGAUGACUCAAUAAUUUACACAGCAGUGUGUAAGAAACCUUACCUGUGUGGCUGAAUUCUCAAAGCUGUGAGAGAUGAUGAUUCAUCACUGUGGUCCUGACUUCAUCAGACUCCACUGCUCUCUUCCCUGUGUCUUAGGCUUCAACACUUUCUUUUUAGUAAAGCUACAGAAACCAAAGACUGGGCCUAGUUUGAAACCUUUUCCACAUUCAAUGAAGAGGCAUUAGACACUGAAGCACCUGGGCUGAUCAUUAUCUGUAAUGACAGCCAGGUGUUUCAACUGUGAUGUGAUGAAGAACUUUCGCUUUCCAUACACAGUUCUAUUGUGAGAACACUGAUGUUUCAAUAAUAAGGAGCCAUUUUUCACAAUCAAAAUACUGUGGAACCUCGAGAUACGACCAUAAUCCGUUUGAGGACCUCGUAUCUUGAAUAAUUUUUUCCCAUGACAAAUAAAAAAAUUCAUCCGUUCCAGCCCU